GUGUACUUUUCUGAAAGUUGUCGUCUUGUUCCGCCGCUUACUAUUCGAAUAAACAUUUAUGUUUAAAAUUUUUACAUAUAAACUAUAAGAUAAAUAUAAAUCUGUAUUAAAAAGUUGCUCAGUACUUAUCAAUUAGUGUCAACUUGGCGUUGUUUUAAAAGGACAUUGUAUUGAUUUUGCCAGUCAGUUUGACGCAUGCGCUCAUUGGGUGUCGUAAAAAAGGGUUAGCCAACAUUCCGAACAGUGUCGUUCCGGUCGCCGUUGUCGUGGUGUCGGUGAAGUUAGUGGUGGAAUUUUUACGUGUUUAACAUCAAAAAAUGGCGUCUGGUGUGACAGUUUCGGACGCUUGCAAAACGACGUACGAGGAGAUCAAGAAGGACAAGAAGCACCGUUACGUGGUGUUCUACAUCCGCGACGAGAAACAGAUCGAUGUAGAAACUGUGGGCGAACGCAACGCUGAGUACGAUCAGUUCCUUGAGGAUUUGCAGAAGGGCGGCACUGGAGAGUGCAGAUAUGGCCUGUUCGACUUCGAGUACACGCACCAGUGCCAGGGCACGUCGGAGGCUAGCAAGAAACAGAAGCUGUUCCUAAUGUCAUGGUGCCCCGACACCGCCAAGGUUAAGAAGAAGAUGUUGUACUCUAGCUCUUUCGACGCACUAAAGAAGUCGCUGGUGGGCGUACAGAAGUACAUCCAAGCGACCGACCUCUCGGAGGCCUCGCAGGAGGCUGUUGAAGAGAAGCUGCGCGCCACCGAUCGCCAAUAAGUCAGCAUUUAUCGCCACGACCGACGUGUGGCGCAUCGCGACCGCCCCACGGAAACAACUUCAGCCGCCACAGAAGGACCUCGUGCUUUCGGAUACCAAGACCUAUUGCACGGAGCCCUCGCUCUGUGGCCUUAGUCAGUAUUGUCAGUGGUUCGCGGUGCGGCCCACAGUUUCGCAUGGGUUUUUUUUAUAUAUCGUUUCAAUCCUUAAGCUUUUGCAGUCGAUUCCACUCCGGAGCGGCCUCGCGCAGGUCGGGUCGGAACUCAUGUACAGCUAACUGUGAACCCACGGCCGACUCCGCGACAGCCUCGUAACUAUAGCAAAAGGAAUCAUUAUGUAAUAAUUUAAAUUAUACUAAUUAUUAUAUAUAUUUUUUUCCUAUAAUAUAACUAAAGAGUAAAUUAAGCUCAAACUAAAUUUAAAUACAGCGUACGCGUCUUUUUUAAUUGUAAAACUGGUUAGCGAACGCGGUCGGCUUUUAUACUAUUUAGAUUGUAAUAUAAAGAAUGUACGAUUUUAAUUUCGUUUGAGAUUCAUCUUGCUAAAGGAUGUAAGCUUGAGCUGCGGCUCGAUACAUGGCGGGCGUUGGAUAAGUAUUUUGUAACCGAUUUAUCCAGAAAUACACUCGAUAUAAGAGAAA